AUGGCAUCAAAUGGCACCGAUGCUGCAUCGGUAGCUACCCCGGAUGCCGCCCAGAGCCUCAACGACGAGGUCCAGGCGCCCACCCAUCCCGAGCUCCCAUCCGCCCAUGCUCUCGCCAACCUCAUCGCCUCGGAGCCCGAGAGGUUCGUCCAUGGCGACCCGAGCAUCGCGCAGCUCUCCGCCCUCGCCCUCAAGCAGCUCUUUGACCUCUCGAUAAAGUCAGAGGCGCUCGCGGUCCCCACCAUCGGAACCUUCCUCCAUUCCAUCUUGCCGCAGGAGGAGACAAAGAGCAGGACCCGCUCUUCGUCCAAGCGCAAGCGCGGCGGUAAUGCCCGCAAGGCUCCCCCGCCCGAGCCAAAGGGCGAGCACCGGCUCUUCCAGCCCACCCCGCUCGACGAGCUCGUCAUCGACGGCAUGGACUCCCGCCAGCUCUGGGAGCAGAUCGACCUCAAGGGCUUCAAGGUGCAGGGUCUCCUCGACACCGUUUUUGUCAACGAGGGCGGCCAGCCGGACCAGGAAGAGGAAGAGGAGGACGACGAGGCCGGAGACGAGGGCGCCGAGGACGACGACGACGAGGAUGAGGAUGACAGCCCAGCCGAGCAGCGCGUCAAGCUGAGCGACCUUACCGACGCCGACCUCCGCGCUCUGGGCAUCGACCCUGCCCAGCGGGACCAGCUCGCGUUUGACGACAGCGACGAUGAGAGCGAGUCCGAGCCCUAUGCCGGCGCCUCGGACAUCUCGGAUGGCGACCCCAAUGAGGUCUACUACGAGCCGCUGCGGACCGAGGCAGAGCAGCGGCGGCGCAAGGAGGAGCAGGAGAUGGGUGUGCUGCCGCGGCUACGCUCGCAGGUCCAGGAUGACGAGGACGACGAUGAGGAUGAUGAAGACGAAGAGGACGCGGACCUCGACGGAGAGGAAUCGGAGGACGAGGAAGGGGCCGGGGCCGCGGCGAAGGACAAGAAGGCCUCCCGUAGCAUCCUCGACAGCCUCGACGAGCCCGGCAGCAGCAGCGGCGGCCCAGGCGGCAAGGGCAAGCGCCACCCCACCCUCGACGACGACUUCUUCUCCAUCAACGAGUUCAACCGGCUCACGGAAGCUCAGGAAAUGGCAGAGGCCACCGGCGCCGGCAACGACGACGACGACGAAGACCUUUCGAACCAAGUCGACUACUUCCGCGACAUCGAUGGACUCGGUGCUGGCGGCGACGAUGGUGAAGAAGACGACCUCGGCGCCGGUCCUUCAAGGCCUGGACCCAAGGAUCCAUCGGAGCUGCACUUUGCCGAUUUCUUCCUGCCUCCCUCCAAGGCGGCGUCCUUCCGCGCCAAGGCCGAGCGGAAGGAGAAGAGGAGGGCUGGCGCCGACAAGGGCAAGUCGAAGGCUGAGGACCCGUCGCCGGUGGAAGCAGCCGACUCGGACGCGGACGAGUCGGACGGCGACGACGACGACGAGGAUGACGACGAGCCCGAGCGGCCGAGGGCGAUUCGAUUCCACGACACGGUGGCCAUCCGCCGCAUCAAGCCGAGGAAGAAGAAGCGCGACGCCGAGCUGACGCCCGAGAUGCUUGCCUCGCUCGGCUUCACCGAGGAGGAGGCCGCACGGCUUGCCGAGGAGCAGGCGGGGUUUGGCGAUGACGAUGACGAGGACGAAGAAGGCGGCGACAGCGACGAUGACGACGAUGACGAGAUGGACGAGGACGGCGGCGACGAAGACGAGGACGAGUAUGGCGCCGAGUCCGGAUCCGAAGAGGGGAUGGACAUCGACGAAGAUGACGCAGGGGAAGGUGAUGAGGAUGAGGAGGAUGACGACGAGGAUGCCGAUGACGAGGAGGCGCAGGUCAAGACUGCCCGCCGCGUCGCCGGCGACCUGUUUGCCGACAGCGACGACGAGGGCGACGCGGCGGCCCAACAGUCGACGCACGAGAAGCGCCUCGCGGCGCUCCAGGCCGAGAUUUCGCAGCUCGAGGAGGAGAACGUCGGGCAAAAGGACUGGACGCUGCGGGGCGAGGCAACAUCCAAGAUCCGUCCUCAGGACAGCCUGCUCCAGGAGGACCUCGAGUUUGAGCGCACCGCCAAGGUGACGCCGCAGGUGACCGAGGAGAUGACCGAGUCGAUCGAGGACAUGAUCAAGCGGCGCAUCCUCGACCGCCAGUUUGACGACGUCGUGCGGCGGCGCGAGCUCGAGGCGCUGCCGUUCCUGCCGUCGCGCCUGCUGGAGCUGUCGGACUCGAAGAGCGCCAAGAGCCUGGCGGAGCUGUACGAGGAAGAGUACCAGGCUGCGCGCGGUGCCGCCGAGGGCGAGGCGCCGCGGAUGGCCGAGGUCGACGUCAAGCUGCAAAAGGAGCACGACGAGAUUGCCAAGAUCUUUGACGACGUGUGCGACAAGCUCGACGCGCUGAGCAACGCCCACUUUACGCCAAAGGCGCCCAAGGCGACGAUCCAGACGCUGUCCAACACGCCCGUCGUGUCGAUCGAGGAGGCGCUGCCGAGCACGUCAUCGUCGGCGACGAUGCUGGCGCCCGAGGAGGUCUACGAGCGGCAGCGCCACGCCGCCGCCCUCGAGGGCGACAAGAGCGAAAUGACGCCGGCGGAAAAGCAGCGGCUGCACAAUACGCUGCGGCGCGAGAAGCGGGCCAAGAACGACCGCAUCCAGGACACGCGCCGCGCCCUCGAGCUCGCCGGCCUGCGCCGCGGCGGCAAGUCGGCCACCGAGGAAAAGGCCGACGCCAUGCGCAAGCUCGUCGGCAACCGCGGCGUCACCAGAAAGGGCAAAGACGCCCUCGCCGACGCCACCGGCGGCGGCGGGCGCAAGAAGAGCGGCUUGCCCGCGGCCAACGGCGCCGCCGAGGCGAGCGGGUCCAAGUUUAAGCUGUAG